UUUCGCAACACCCCUAGAACUUCCGAAUCAAGGACUGUCAGCAAGAAGCACAACAGCUACAACUGCGGCCGUUGCGGCCUCCCUAAGAAGGGCCAUGACUGCACCGGCAAGACCGCUCCCACUCCCACCUCCGCUUCUUCCGCCACCCCUUCCCACUCCUCUUUCUCCGCCGUUUCCGCUCCUUCCUCCGGCUCCGCCUCCCGCUGCCCGCUGUCUCACUUCCGCCGCGCUCUCUCCUUCGACGAGGACGAAGCUGGCAGGCUCGACCUGUCGGAGCCCGUCGAUGUGCGGUCUGAAGAAGAUGAUCUGGAUUCGUUUGGUUUGUUGGGGAAUCUUCUAUGGUAAGUAUUGAGGAAGUUGCCGCCGACGAGGCUGUUAACGGCAGCGAUGGUGAGCAGAGGUUGGAGGGAGAUGACAAGGAGUUUGUGGAGAACGGCGGAGGAGUUAAGGAUUAGGGUUCCAGCGUGGGCUCAGGUGGGUUUUGUGUCAAUUUUGAAGAAGUGUCCGGGGAUCGUGAAACUCUCACUUAAAAGGGAAAGGUUGAAUUGGGCUUUGGAAAUGGGGUAGUUGAUAAUAUUUUCUUUGUCCCUGGGUAUAGUAUCAAUGGAUUUGUUGUUGCUCAGCUUUCUGCAGUGCUAGUAAUGUGGAUCGAAAUCAAUGGAACCCACACGCAAAAUAGUUAUGAUAGCUGUGGGGGAAAACAUAACAUUGUUGUGGGCCUUCCAUGGUCCAUGUUGGCCGUGGGGAAGUCUUGCCUCUUCUCAUUCAUUGGACAUUGCUGGCUUGGAGUUAGUGGAUCCACUUUCUGCUGAUAUUCAAGAGGUCCUCGUGAACUUUAUGGAAAAGGCAGUACGAUUUGAUGUGGAUUUGAAUCAAGUUGAAGUCAAGUAUCACUUAGAAGUUGAGAAUGUGAAUGGGAUUCAAUUACAAACAGUUCUGGAGGCAAUGGAUGUAGUUGGUAUUCUAGAGUAUGGGCUUGCUAAAGUUGCUGAUUUGAUGAUCAAGUAUCUGAAUGCCGAAACACUUUUUCAUGGUUUCGGCUAA